GGUGUACUGGAGGGAGCACGAGUAAAUGUAACUGUGCUCAGCUGGUACCAACAAUAGGCUUCACUUCCCAGGGGGACUGCCCUUUCUCCUAGUACUUGGUUAUCUUGCUGAAGAUGUGGAAUAUGCAGAACAUCGUGAGCACUUUGCCCUUUUUGUCCCUUUUUGAACUUUGACCACUUGGUCAGGAUUGUUUAUCAACCCAGAAUAGCUAAUUGCACGGUUUCUCAUUUCACUGAACAAAGGUGCUGUGGCCAGAGUCUCCAGGACAAGAGCUGUCUAGCAGAAGAGCUGAGGUGGAAGCUAGGAGCUUACCUAUGGAGCUGAGUGAGAAGGGAGGCGUGCAGAACAAUGGAUUUGUUCAAAAUGAGGAUUUUGAGGACAAGGAGAUGGCCACCAGUAGCCAAGAAGUGCCAAAGACGUGCAGUGUUGAUGUGGAGCCGGUGGCUGUGGAGGAGACCGUGCUGAAGCCUUAUGCUGGGAUGCCAAAGGAGGUCUUGCUGCAGUUCUCCAGCCAGGCCCGCUACAGAGUCACCAGGGAGAUCCUCUUCUGGCUGGUGAUUGCUGGUGCCAUUGUGCUCGUGUGUGCUACAAUUGCCAUCAUUGCUCUCUCUCCCAAGUGCCUGGACUGGUGGCAGGCCAGCCCUAUUUAUCAGAUCUAUCCUCGCUCCUUCCGGGACAGCAACAUGGAUGGGAACGGGGAUCUGAAAGGUAUCCAAGAAAAACUGGACCAUAUUACAUAUUUAAAUAUAAAAACCAUCUGGAUCACCUCUUUCUUUAAAUCCCCUUUAAAAGACCUUGGAUAUGGAGCUGAAGACUUCUAUGACAUUGAUCCCAUUUUUGGAUCAAUGACAGAUUUUGAGAAUCUGAUUGCAGCCAUACAUGACAAAGGGCUAAAGGUGAUAAUGGAUUUAAUACCAAACCACACCAGUGACAAGCACCGGUGGUUUCAGCUGAGCCGCAAUCGGACAGGGAAGUACACGGACUACUACAUCUGGCAGGACUGCAGGCAGGCUGCUGGCUCAGUCAUCCCUCCCAACAACUGGGUGAGUGUCUUUGGGAAUUCCAGCUGGGAGUUUGACGACGUGAGAAAGCAAUGCUAUUUCCAUCAGUUUGGGAAGGAGCAGCCAGACUUAAAUUUUCGCAACGCAGCUGUCCAGCAGGAAAUCCAUGACAUUAUCAAAUUUUGGCUUGGCAAAGGAGUUGAUGGACUUAGUUUUGGCACUGUUAAAUUUCUCUUGGAAGCAACACAUCUCCGGGAUGAGCCUCCAGUGAACAAGUCUCAGAAUGGAGAGAGUAUCACAGCCUAUUCCCAGCUCUACCAUGACUACACCACCACCCAAGUUGGUUUGCAUGACAUCGUCCGCAGCUUCCGUCACACCAUGGAUGAGUUCAGCAGAGAGCCUGGCAGAUACAGAUUUAUGGGUUCUGAUGAUGAUGAAAAGGAAGAUAUUGAAGCAACAAUGAUGUAUUAUGGAACGACUUUUGUCCAAGAAGCAGAUUUUCCCUUCAAUUUCAACCUAAUUAACAUGAAAAAUCUAUCAGGCAACAGUGUUUCUGAAGCUGUCAACUCGUGGAUGCAAAACAUGCCUGCAGGAAAAUGGCCAAACUGGGCAGUUGGAAGUCCUAAUGCUGCUCGGAUUUCAACUCGGAUUGGGAAGGAGUACAUCAAUGUCAUGAACAUGCUGCUUUUAACCCUCCCUGGCACUCCUGUAACUUACUAUGGUGAAGAAAUAGGCAUGGAGAACAUUGCAUCAGAAAAUGCAACCCUCCCAGAGAAAUCCCCCAUGCAGUGGGAUGGAAAAGCUAAUGCUGGUUUUACUGAAGGCAACAGCAGCUGGUUACCUGUUAACUCUGACUACCAAAGUGUAAAUGUGGAGAUGCAGAGCGCCUGGUCCAACUCAAGCCUGGCUUUGUACAGAGCGCUGACUCUGCUGCGGAACGAGGAGCUGCCCUUGAACCGAGGCUGGAUGUGCCACGUCUGGAAUGACAGUGACGUGUUCGUGUACGUCAGGGAGCUGGAUGGGAUGGACAGAGUCUUCAUGAUGGUGCUCAACUUCGGCCAGGAGGCAACAACAGACCUGCAGGCCAGAGUUCCUAACCUUCCCUCUGAAGCUCUAGUGAGACUCAGUACUCAUUUUAGCAAUGCUGGCAAAGUGGUCAAUACCAAACUAAUUAAAACUGAAAUGGGAGAAGGCCUGGUCCUACAAUAUAAAACAGCAAAGCCUGUUCAUACUAUGGAAGCUUUUCAAGGGAAGUGUUUUGUGGCAGAAAAAGCUUGUUAUUCCAAGGCCCUCAAUUUACUCUUUGUGAACUGUUAAGUAGAGGAGUAGAAUACCCGUGCUUUCAUAUUAAUUUAGACGAUACUAGCUUCAGGGAAAUGCUAAAUAUGCUCCAUUUUCUUCAGCUUUUAGAAUGUUAUUUGUGUACAAAAUAAAUGUCCUGAAAAAUCAGAUACAUAAUUGUCUUGUAUCUGUAUUUGUGAUGAAAAGGAAAAAUAAUGGUAUCAACUCCCCCUUAGAUGUGUGGAAAAGUAAACCUGUUCCAAAAACUGUCCUGUUUAAGCACGUAUUUGUGGGAGGAGAGAGAAUAGCUGCUUUCUGCCUGCUGACCCUGGAGGUUGCUGGUCUCUAAGUGCUCCUGUGGAAUCCCAAGCCUGUGGCAGUUCACUGUAACUUUUUAGAAGUCUGCAGAUUUGUAAAAAUUAUUCCAAAGGGAUAGCCCUAUAUUUGUUAAAACAGGGGAACACAAGCAGGACUGGCGUAUAUUGUUGUGAUG